AUGCAACAUAUUCCUCCAAAUUUCAGAGGGACGCUAUGGGAGUCCAAUCAUCCAUAUAUCCCCAUCAUUAAAAGUCGACCAACUCUAACCACACUGCCCUUCUAUAACUUUCUAUUAUGGGUCCUCCUCGGAGUGCUGACGUUCCCUUGUUGUGUCCGAUGUUUGAUUUUCAAAGUGGGGGUCUUGGGGCCUUGGAACUGCGACCCUGUGUACUACAGAGCGCUGCCUGCUGCGGCCGCCAGGCUCGCUGUAAGCAGGAUAAACGGAGACCUGAACCUGGAUCUGGGCCUGAAAAUGGACUUUAUCAUCCUCCAGGAGCCCUGUGAAACAUCCAAAGCUCUCACCGCCUUUAUUUAUUAUGAGAAGAUGGCGGAUGCGUUUCUGGGCCCCACCAAUCCCGGAUACUGUAUUGCAGCUUCUUUGCUGGCCAAGAACUGGGAUAAGGCCGUCUUCUCCUACGGCUGUGUUAACUAUGAGCUGGUAGGCACCUCAGGAUACCCAACUUUCGCCAGGACAGUACCGUUCCCCACUGAGGUGUUGUUCACCGUGUUGAAACACUUUAGGUGGGCCAGUGUUGUGGUGGUCUCAUCCAAUGAGGAUAUUUGGGUGGAUACUGCUGGGAGAUUGGCCACUGCUCUAAGGAAUAAGGGGCUUGCCGUUCGCCUGGUUACACCUAUUGGUAUUAAUGAGACAGAGGUGGAGAACACACUGAGGAAGAUCCAAGCUGCAGGAGAGAUCAGAGCCAUAAUCAUGUGCAUGCACUCAAUCCUGAUUGGAGGUGAGCAGCAGGCUACUUUCCUUCUCAAAGCACGGGAAAUGGGUCUGACCUCGGGGAAGUAUGUGUUUGUUCCCUAUGACACUCUCCACUACAGCGUGCCCUACACCAACGUCUCCUACGUUCCCCUGCAAAACAACAGCAGGCUAAGGGAGGCCUAUGAUGCUGUGCUCACUAUCACUAUGGCCUCUGAGCCUUUGUCUUUCAACGAGGCGUUCACUGCCGCCAAGAGGAGUGAGGAACUGACGCUGGCCGUGCAGGCAGAGCAGGUUAACCCCCUGUUUGGGACCAUCUAUAACAGUAUCUACCUCCUGGCUAAGUCCAUCCACAAUGCCAGGAGAGCAGGCAUGCAGCUGUCCGGCUCGAACCUGGCGUACUUCACAAAGAACACAACCUUUAGCGGUUUCAACCAGAAGGUCAAGGUGGACACUGCUAGGGAAAUCAAGACCAACUAUGUCAUCCUGGACACUGACAACAGUGGGAGCCAGCUGUACCAGACUUAUAUCGUGGAUCUGACGUCCGGAGAGCUUAGUUUUGCAGGGAGGUCCAUUAAUUUUCCAGGAGGAACCCCUCCACCGUCUGAUUCCAAAUGCUGGUUUGAAAAGAAUGCCAUCUGCUCAGGAGGUGUGGAGGUCGUCUAUAUCGUAGUGGUCUUGGCUGUCAUCUUGACUCUGGCUGUAGGAGGGCUCGGUAUAAGUCUUUAUAUCAGGCGGCGACUUCAACAGAUCCAGCUGAUCAAAGGUCCCAAUCGGAUCUUGCUUACCUUGGAGGAUCUCACUUUUAUCAACCCCCAGCUUAGCAGAAAGAAAAUCACUUUGGAGGAUCUGAGCGAGUCUAAGAGCGCUCUGGAGGAGAAAUCUGCAGACCGCUCACACUCUGUAAACAGCAUGCAGACAGCUACUCAUGAGACAACAAAUGUAGCCGUGUAUGAGGGCGACUGGGUUUGGCUGAAGAAAUUUGAGGAGGGCCACUUCAAGGAGGUGAAGCAGAGCACCACAAAGAUUUUCACAAAGAUGAAGGACCUGAGAAACGAAAAUGUCAAUCCAUUCCUGGGCUUCUUUUCGGACUUCUCCAUGUUUGCGGUGGUGACGGAGCACUGCUCGCGGGGCAGUCUGCAGGACCUGCUGAGGAACGAGGACGUUAAAUUAGACUGGAUGUUCAAGUCCUCACUUUUGCUUGAUCUCAUCAAGGGUAUGAAAUACCUUCACCACAGAGAAUUCCCUCACGGCAGACUAAAAUCUCGUAACUGUGUGGUUGACGGACGUUUUGUCCUCAAGAUUACUGACUAUGGCUUCAAUGAGCUGCUGGAGUCUCAGAAAGCUCCCAUAGAGGAACCUCCACCUGAAGAUCUAUUUUGGACAGCUCCAGAGUUCCUGAGAGACCUUGCAAGCUCACGUAAAGGGACCUAUAAAGGAGAUGUGUAUAGCUUUUCUAUUAUCCUCCAAGAGGUGGUGGUCAGAGGGCCGCCAUACUGCAUGCUGGGUCUACCACCUGAAGAGAUCAUCCGUAAGGUAAAGAAGCCUCCUCCAAUGUGUCGCCCCACCGUGGCCCCGGACCAGGCUCCACUGGAGUGUAUCCAGCUGAUGAAGCAGUGCUGGAGUGAACUGCCUGACCGCAGACCAAACUUUGACGAAAUCUUUGACAGGUUCAAGCUCAUCAACAAGGGUAAAAAGACCAACAUCAUUGACUCCAUGCUAAGGAUGCUGGAGCAGUACAGCUCCAACCUGGAGGACCUCAUCAGAGAGAGAACAGAAGAGCUGGAGGUGGAAAAGCAGAGAACAGAAAAACUGCUGUCUGAGAUGCUCCCACCUUCUGUGGCCGAGGCUCUGAAGACUGGUGCCACAGUGGAGCCAGAGUACUUUGACGAGGUGACAAUCUACUUCAGUGACAUUGUAGGUUUCACCACCAUCUCUUCGCUGAGUGAUCCCAUCGAGGUGGUCGACCUUCUCAAUGACCUCUACACUCUGUUUGACGCUGUGCUCAGUAGCCACGAUGUCUACAAGGUGGAGACCAUUGGUGAUGCUUACAUGGUAGCAUCAGGUCUGCCAAAGAGAAACGGCAACAAGCAUGCUGCUGAGAUCGCCAACAUGUCUCUGAACAUCCUCAGCUCAGUGGGAACCUUCCAUAUGCGGCACAUGCCAGAUGUUCCCGUCAGGAUACGAAUAGGAAUCCACUCAGGGCCCUGUGUUGCUGGGGUGGUAGGUCUGACUAUGCCGCGGUACUGCCUUUUUGGAGACACCGUCAACACUGCCUCUCGUAUGGAAUCCACUGGGCUGCCUUAUAGAAUCCAUGUGAAUAUGAGCACUGUGAAGAUCCUCCAUUCUCUUAAUGAAGGUUAUAAAAUAGAAGUCAGAGGCAAGACAGAGUUGAAGGGUAAAGGUAUUGAAGAGACAUACUGGCUCGUGGGGAAAACAAACUUUACAAAGCCUUUGCCAAAACCACCAGAGAUCAAACCAGGGGAUAACUGGCAGGAGAUGGUGACAGAGGAGAUCAAGACACUAUUUCGUAAGGCCAACAGGCAGGUGGACAACAAGAUCUAAAUGAGAGGAAGAGGAGCAAAGAUAUGAAAGAAGCAAAACCAGAAACAUCCGGAGAAAGAAAGAGACAAAGAGCUGGGAGGGGCAGGCAGAGCAGACGAGGCACCACGCAGCCUCUCACUGUGGCUUAAUGCAGACUUGUUUAAUAGGAUUGUCCAUCGACUGGCUAAUCUGCCUGCAGCCAACGCAGCAGAACGCAACGGUGCUAAUGUAAUGAGAGUUGUCGCAUUACCUGCCUACGUAUCUGCUGCCGAGAAGCACAAGGAAAGUGCACCCGCUCCUUAAUGAAGGAUGCACUCAUUCACUCCUCUCUACACACACUGGCCACUGAGUGGUCACCUAUUUCAGGGCAACCAGAGGUUCACCCGUCGGAAGAUUG